CUCUCUAGGAAAUACUCAAUUAGGGUGGUGCCUCUGAAAUACCCAGGGGUCCUGUAACUGAUCGCUUUUUCCCAGAGGGUUUCUGCAGCAUACAGUCCUGGUUGGACAGUACACAUCAGGCAGAGAUUUUUUCUGUGGCCUGGCUAGUGACCCCCCUACAGGAAGAUAACGGACAAGCCGGGAGGGCGGAGCAGCCAGCUACACAUGUCUGGCUGCUGUUAUCAACUUAUCAUAUAAGGAAAGGAAAGUGAUUGAUUCGGAUCCUGACACCGCAGAAUCUGGGGGAAGAGAGACAAAGGAGCAUUGAGGCUGAUCUGUAAGGCGAAUGCAGCCCUCACGAGGGAGGAUUAUCCUUCCUCCUGCGAUCUGACAGUUUGCUGCGGGACCGGGGAGAAGACGGCACUAGAAAUCAAGGUCACUGCUGGGAAAGGAGGGAAGAGGAGACUUUCACUGAUGGACCCUGAGCCAUGGCCGCAGAGCCCCGUGUCUGAGAGGGCAGCUUAGCGCCCGGGAGUCUCAUGCGCCUUGAAGUUUGCUGAGCUGGUGGUUUAUUACCGACAGAAAGAAAGAAUGUGGCAGCUUGUUUUCUUUACUCUGAGCUGUGAUCUGCUCCUAGCCGCAGCCUAUAGCAACUUUCGGAAGAGCAUGGACAGCAUCGGGAAGAGGCAGUAUCAGGUUCAGCACGGCUCCUGCAGCUACACGUUCCUCCUGCCGGAGAUGGACAACUGCCGCUCGCCCUCCAGCGCCUACGUGCCCAACGCCGUGCAGCGGGAUGCGCCGCUCGACUACGACGACUCCGUGCAGAGGCUCCAGCUGCUGGAGAACAUCAUGGAGAACAACACCCAGUGGCUCAUGAAGCUUGAGAAUUACAUCCAGGACAACAUGAAGAAAGAAAUGGUGGAGAUACAACAGAACGCAGUGCAGAACCAGACCGCUGUGAUGAUAGAAAUAGGAACCAACCUGCUAAAUCAAACCGCAGAGCAGACCCGGAAGUUAACUGAUGUCGAAGCCCAAGUAUUAAAUCAGACAACAAGACUUGAACUUCAGCUUCUGGAACAUUCCCUAUCUACAAACAAAUUGGAAAAACAGAUUUUGGAUCAGACCAGUGAAAUAAACAAACUGCAAGAUAAGAACAGUUUCCUGGAAAAGAAAGUUCUAGACAUGGAAGACAAGCACAUAGUUCAACUUCGGUCAAUCAAAGAAGAGAAAGAUCAGCUCCAGGUGUUGGUAUCCAAGCAAAAUUCCAUCAUUGAAGAGCUAGAAAAACAACUGGUGACGGCCACGGUGAACAACUCAGUUCUCCAAAAGCAGCAACACGACCUGAUGGAGACGGUUCAUAAUUUACUGACUAUGAUAUCGACAUCAAACUCAGCUAAGCACUCCCUCAUUGCUAAGGAAGAACAAAUCAUCUUCAGAGAUUGCACGGAAGCAUUCAAGUCAGGACUGACCACCAGUGGCAUCUACACACUGACGUUCCCUAACUCCACGGAGGAGAUCAAGGCUUACUGUGACAUGGAAACAGCUGGAGGUGGGUGGACAAUUAUUCAGCGACGUGAAGAUGGCAGUGUUGAUUUUCAGAGGACUUGGAAAGAAUAUAAAAUGGGAUUUGGGAACCCUUCAGGCGAACACUGGCUGGGAAAUGAGUUUGUUUCACAAGUGACUAAUCAGAAACGCUACGUGCUUAAAAUACACCUGAAAGACUGGGAAGGGAAUGAGGCUUACUCGUUGUACGACCAUUUCUAUCUCUCAAGCGAAGAACUCAAUUACAGGAUUCACCUUAAAGGACUCACAGGGACAGCCGGCAAAAUAAGCAGCAUAAGCCAACCAGGAAAUGAUUUUAGCACAAAGGACGCAGACAACGACAAAUGUAUUUGCAAAUGUUCACAAAUGCUCACAGGAGGCUGGUGGUUUGAUGCCUGUGGUCCUUCCAACCUGAACGGAAUGUACUACCCACAGAGGCAGAACACAAAUAAGUUCAACGGUAUUAAGUGGUACUACUGGAAAGGGUCCGGCUACUCGCUCAAGGCCACAACCAUGAUGAUCCGCCCAGCAGAUUUCUAAAUGCCUGCGCACACCUGAGGAACAGUGUCUUCCAGUUUUCAAAGACUUCAUCCCAAAGCUCUGAAAGACACAGCUGCAUGCUGCCGCCCUAUCCAGCUCGGACAGACUGCCCACGCUCCAGACUGAGGGGACCCGCGAGCUCCCAGUUAGAGCCCCAUCAACGUCACCCCUUAAACCCGCAUCACUCAACGAACCGAAGCACAACCCCCAACGAGCCACAGCCUGGCAUGGUGACCUGGUAGAAUGCCUACGGGAAGAUAAAUUUAAGCCUGCGAAUGAGACUGACAAUUUACAGGCUCUGUUGUCACAACCAAGAAUGUUAUGUGCGAGUCGAUCAGUAAAUAACUGGAAAACAGAACACUUAUGCCAUAUAGUAGAGAUAACCUUGGAACUGCAUUCUUCUGAGCACUGUUUAUAGACUGUGUAAAUAUCCAUAUGUCCUGAAUUCAGCACCACUAUCAUAAUUAAAAGGAAGGACCAAUUCUCGAAGCCAUAAAAAUACACUAUAUAUUCAGGGAUUUUUACGAGAAGUGGUUAUUAGCGGUUUAAUAUUUGGAGAAGGAAAAACAUAGUUAACGCAUUCUGACUCCUCCUCUUAGGGGCUUUAAAUUUUCAUUUUGAGAACAGCAUAUCUGCAUAGGCAUUGAUAGGUUAGUUUUAAGUUAAUGCUCAAAUAUAUAUAUUUCAAGUUUCUGUGGUGAAGACUUUCAGGAUCUCUGAAAUUAUUAACAGAAACGUGUUCUUUUAGUAUAUAUGAAGAUUGUACUAUUUUUUUUCAGCCUCGCUGUUAAAUAUGAAGGGAUUUUUAGUAAUUAAAUAUAACUUAUUAGGUGAGAUGACCGCAUUUAACUUUUAUGAUAUUUACAACAUUGUAAUAUGAUUCUGAAACAAAUGAUUGUGCCUUGUGACAAGGAAAAUCUUGAUUUUUAAUGAUGAAGAAAAUUAUACAUUUAAUUUCAUGACAAAGAGGCUUUCCUAUCUUUUACUCACUAUUCUAAUACAAAAGUCUUUUUUCUCUUCUACUACGACGUAUUUUAGGGAAGUAGGCUACAAUGUAGUUUGUGGUUGAGAAAACCCUUCCAUUUAAAACACUUACAAAGCUAUACUUCUCAAGCUGGAUUCACCCUGGAAGUUAUUUACAGGAAAAAAUAAUUUGCAUUAGUAACAUUAACUUAAAUCUUACUAGAAUUAAACCACCAGCAAAUUAAAAAAAAAAAAGGUGUUCUGGGGCGCAAAACCAAAAUCUGGUAUUUAUAGCAUAUUCAAAUGUUUACAGAAAAUUUGGAGAGCACAGAUUUAACCUCAGGACUGCAAAACCUUAAACUCCUAGAGUUUUAACUCCGUUUGAAGUUUUCAUUGUACAAUUAAUACUAAUGAACAUUUGAGUAAUGCUUCAUAAUUUAGAAGCAAUUUCUCAUAUAUUCGCUUUUGAGUCAGCUACUAGGAAGCUUAGAGCCAAAUUUGCAGCCAGCAUUUACCUGUGUCUGUCUUCACCUUCCACUGUUCUACCACUAUUUUUUUCUUUAUUCCAUUUUUCUUAUCUAAUUUAUUUUAUCCCCACACCCCCCUCCUCUUCCCAGCUUAGUUUUAUGACGCUCAGGUGUCGCUGAGUCAACUUAUGGACUCUGGGCAAGUCAGGCCCUCUGCUUUUCCACCAUGCUGCACUUUCCCAACAAAUAUAUUAAUGAGAACAUAACCUCCCAUCCCAGAACAGCUCCUCUUAUUACAUGUAAGAAGGAGUCAUAAGGUUAGCAGAGGUUGAAUUUAUACACAGCUUUGUAUCAAGCUAAAAAACAUCUGAUAAUAAGAAAAUAUCACCGCCUCAAAAGAAACAAUAAAUUUCCAUGACAUCUCAAUGACCACAUGACAGACACCGAGGUGGGAAAAUGAUAAUACGGGAAAAAUUGGCAACAACACAAUUUAUAUUCACUUGCCCAUGUAGGCAGAUAAGGUGAGUUUCAAAGACAAACCUCACUAUGUUAUUCAGAGUUACAUAUACUCUCUCGUGACAGCGAGUGGGGGAGAAUUUGAGCUUUUACUUUACACUUCAACUCCUUGCCAGGUAUUUCAAACAAAGAGUCCUGCUGAGAGGAAUUUUUUCUCUCCUUAAGAAAACAUUUAUAAAGUCCAGAGCAAAUCAAAACAGCAAUCUCAAAAAUGAAAACAAAAACAACCCAACAACUAGAUAACCACAGCGACUGGAGGACAGAGUUCAACUUCUCACUAUGUGAUAGCCAUAUGGCAUACUCAAACGAUUCAAAAACAUGGAGACCACUCACAGAUUACACAUCAUCACUUACCUUUCAGGUAUUAAUCUUUUGAAAGGAUAAAACGUGACAAACCAGUUAACAUUUGAAAACAAAAGCCAACUUCUGCACAAUCCUGCUUCCAACUAAAUCUGAAAUUACCUACUUAUUAAUCUUUAAAAAAAUUAGAACCUGGAACUUUCCCAUUAAGCAUCUGAAAUACCUGAAAAUCAGUAAAGCUGAAGCUGAGUUUCAGGAAAAACAUCAAAACAGAAACACCACAUCACAAUGCUAGCAGGCCACAAUUUUUAUACCUAUCACUUCUAUCUCUUUUAACAGUAACAGCAUCAUUUUUUAAGGCAGUAAGCAAUAUAUAAUAGUAUCUUCUCAAGAAUCUAGUCUUUUUUUCAUUUUUGUUUUUCUCAAUCCUGAGGACUUGUAUAAUUAAAUUUUUUGAGAUUACAUUUCUCACAACUUUUUGAGGAAUGUUCUCACAUUCUCACAUUUAUUCUCACAAAUAGACAAAAUGUGUUAAGUUCUGCAAAUAUGUCUUUUUAGUUAUAGGCAUAAUUGCUCUUGAUUUAAUAAAAAAAUCUUGAGUGUAUAUCUAUGCUAAUAAUGACUUCCUGAAAACACCAAAUUGUAUUUACCACCAUAAAAUAAUAUGUGACUUACAGGAGCUGCAGGGAAGUAGUCUGACUCUUCAAACGGUUCCUCGGAAAUUCAAUGACCCAUUUCCAAAGACCACAGUACCUAUAAGUGAGAGAAGAAGCAGAACAUUUUUUAUAGACUUAUUAGGCUUUUAGUGGACAAUAAACCAGUUUGAAGAUACAGCAAAACCAAAAUAAACAAAAAAACCCUAGCAGUAACUACAUACUACAUUGAUCCGAAGCACAUGUAUCUUGAACACCAAAGUGCCAUCAGAAUCUUCAGGUUACAAAAAUGUUACAAAUAUUAAUAAACACUUGUUUAAGAAAAUGUCUCCUGAUGGCUAGAAGUCUGGGUUAUUAUCCUAGUGAGGAUAACCACCCCAUUUCUAAACAUAUGAAAUAUUACGUCUUCCUAAAUUCCAGUUUCCAAUUUAAGGAGUCAUUAUAGACAAUCCUUAGUAAAUAAUACAGAAUUUUAUUAAUUUAAAAAAACCCAUGUAUUAGGAGAAGAUAGAUCAUAAGCCUAAAUUCAAAAAGCAAACCUUUUGGUGUGUAACUUUAUUUCUAUCAUUAGCUAAUGUUUUUAGGAGAAGUUCUCCACAUCCAUGUUUGGAAAUCCUUCUCACACUUUGGAAGAGUAAAAUGUCUCAUAAACAAGCUGUCAUCAUCAUCGUUAGAACCCACACAUUUUUAAGUAAUCAAAACAAUGUUUUCAUUUUUAAUUCAACAUUUGAGAUUCUGCACUCAUCUCUACUCUAUGACCAAACUCCUUGAAAAGCUGUAUGUCUCUAUGUACCAGUAGAAUUGUACAACUAAAAUAAUCAAGCUGAAUUACAUAACUCACACUGAUCUUUUUAUCUGCAAUUUCCUUCUUUCCUACAUUCAGUAAAUCCAUUUUUUUUUUUUUUGCCCCUAGAUUUGCUAUGUAAAACUCAAGGGUUUUUUUGCUGAAUUAGCAGGAAUGAGGUCUAAGUCUUCCUUUUUGGUAGUUCCUAAAGUUCAGAACCA